CCAUCUUUCUCGCUCACCUUGGCAAACAUGGACGCCACCACUCUUACAGGGCACGUCAAGGAGCUCAAUGCUGCAAACCAAGCGGGAAAAUCAGAUGAAGUUAUCUCUCUGCUCAAGAAACUUCAGGCUGAGGUUGUUCCUACAGAAGAUCUCCUUCGAUCAUCGAAAGCUGGUGUCGCAGUCGGCAAGCUUCGUACCCACGCCACACCAUCAGUCUCAAGUCUUGCCAAGGAGAUAGUUAAGAAGUGGAGAGAUGCGGUCGAGGAGACAAAGAAGAAGAGAAAAAGAGCAGAAGGUGAUGAAGGAAAAGAUGUAAAGAAGGAGAAGGAGGAAGGGAACGGGAAACGAGUCAAGGCGGAAACGGGGUCAUUAGCGGCGACACCAUCAGCUAGCACACCCGCCUCGGCCUCUACACCCGAUGUCAAAGCGACCUCCCCUCCUGUCCGUCAACCUCUUUCAACCAUUGACUCAUCACGCACUACGCCUCGAACCGCCAAAAGCGAUGGAGUGGCCGACAGCCUGAGAGCUGAUUCGAGCGAAGGAGGCAGUGUAGAUAGCGUGAGGGACAAGUGUGUGAUCAUGAUUUAUGACGCAUUGGCGUUGGAUAGCACGGCUGAAAUAAAGAUUUUGAAAGAGCGCGCCAUUGGAAUUGAGCGCGCAGCGAAUAAAGCUAUGAACUUCUCAACAGGAAACGAUUAUCGCGCUAAAAUGAGAUCACUAUUCCUCAACUUGAAAGACAAGGGUAAUCCCGCUUUGAGAAACGAGAUUGUCUUGGGCUACGUCAGCACCGAAAAAGUCGCUAGCAUGUCCAAAGAUGAAAUGGCCUCUGAAAGCGUUCGAAUGCUAAAGGAGAAGAUUGCGAGUGACAACUUGUUCAAGGCCAAGGCUGUCGGAGUCACCCAAGCUGAGACAGACGCGUUCAAGUGCGGACGGUGUCACCAGAGGAAAUGUACUUAUUACCAGAUGCAGACAAGAAGCGCGGAUGAACCUAUGACUACUUUUGUUACGUAUGUGUCUGACCUGACUCCAAAAGAAUCAUUGCUGACUACGUGUACGACUUGCUCUUUUUAUUCAGAUGUACUAAUUGUAACAACAGGUGGAAAUUCAGCUAGUUUCGGAUUUUGCCUCUGGGGAGCAUUGUAUCUUUCGGGUUUUUUGUCACGUCGUCUAUGCAGCCAGUAUAUUUACGAGGCGUAUCGUUGUGAUUUGCGUGUCAAUGUCACAAAGCCAUUAAGUGCCGUAAAUAUGCCUUUUUGCAGUGUUCUGAAAUUCAAAUGACUUUUAAAUUCAAUCGUUUUACUCUGUUGAAGUCCCCUCAGACUAAGCGUCACAUGGCGACUUGUAUUUACUUAUCAGUUGCCAUGCAUUGACCACAC